AUGUCCGUUUCGAACGAAGUUUAUGCGGAGGGUCGUCGUAGUGUGCGUGAGAGCAUGCUCCACUAUGUCGCUCAGCGAAUGACUGUUGCGAGAACAACCGCGAUAAGUGAGCGGGGGCGCUUUUGGAUUCUUGUUCUCGGCGUCUAUUCGUGCAUUUGUGCUUCGACCGGUUUUGUCUAUAACCUUUUUUCGGGAGAUCUCCAAAAGAAGUACAACUUCAGUCAGAGUGAUAUGACCACCAUUACAACUGUAUCGGGAAUUCUAAGUAUUGUGGCGUUCCCGCUGGCGAUUGUUUAUGACCACUACGGUCCUCGGCCUUUAUUUAUUGUCGGGACUAUAGCAUUUCCUCUUGGCUCUGUACUCUUUGCAAUGGCAUUAAAAGACAUGUUCCAAGGUUCAGUCACUCUUUUUAUUCUAUUUAGCACUUUGCAGGGUGUUGGAAACAGCAUGUUCGACAUUGCGGGACUUAUGACUGUUAUGAGCGUGUUUCCCAGUAGCCGUGGGGCUGUUAUUGUGGUGAUGAAGACCUUCAUCGGCCUUGGCUCAGCUGUUCUCGGUGCUAUUCAGAUGGGGUUUUAUGAAAAUAAUGUCAUAGGUUUCUUUAACUUCAUGGCCGCAUUUGUAUUCAUUGUGGGAAUUUUGAGUGCGAUCUUUAUCCGUCUACCGCCCUAUGAGCUCACCAGGCACGAUGAAUCACAUCUGAGCGAGGCGGAGAAACGGAAACGGAUUGCCACAAAGAGGGCUUAUUUUGAACAGGUGCCGCCAUUCAGACGUUUUGCCAUAGGAUAUAUUCUUGUAGGAAUUAUUUCCAUCUUUUUAACUGUGCAAAGCACUCUGGUUGCCUACGUGGACCUGAGCCACACUUAUAAGAUGGCCUUCGCAAUUAUCACCAUACUGUUUUUACUCAUGUAUACAGUUAUUGCCCUGCCUAUUCGUUGGUUGGAUGGUGGAAGCGAUGCGAUUAUAGAACGCAUUAGAAAUAGCGAGGCCACCUUUGAGAGCAGCGUGAUAUCACCACGGCAACAGACGACAUCUCAGGCGCUACAGCGUGCCAGUGCGAGGAUGAGUGCUAUCCUAGCCUCCACAAGGGGGAGUAUUCGCGAGGAGUCUGUAUUCAGAAUGCCAAUUAUGGACGAAUCGGAGCAUAUCGCACCACAGUAUCAGUCAACCUUUAUGGAAAGUUUGUUCACUCUCAAACUAUGGGCACUUUCUUAUUCCCUUUUUUGCAUCAUUGGAGCGCAAGGGGUCAUCAUUAUGAACGCGCGUUUUAUUUAUGCGUCUAUUUCAGGUAAACCCAUCCAUGAUGAGAUGGCCACACUCCUGACUGUCAUCAAUGGCACUGGGAGUGGUCUCGGACGGAUUCUUAUGGGUAUUUUUGAGGUGUGGACACAAAAGCGAAAGCCGGAGGAGCGCAUUCCCCUCACCAUCUCAUUACAUAUUCCAACCAUUGCCAUGCUACUUGCAUCUUCCUUGCUUCUUGUCGUAAGUGAGAAGUAUUUAUUGAUACCCUUUAUUUUGACAGCGCUUGGCAAUGGAUUUAUUGCAGCCAUUAAUGUGCUUGUGAUACGUACAAUUUAUGUAAAAGACAUAGCAAAUCAUUAUAACUUCACCUCUAUCGCGUCUCUCGCAGCUUCAAUUUUUAUAAACAAAAUGCUCUACGGCGACUGGUACACCAAGGAGGCAGAGAAGCAGGGAAGUACCAUUUGUUAUGGUCGUGAGUGUAUUUUUGUUCCCUUUCUUGUUAUGAGCCUCCUUGUGGCUUCUGGCAUUGCUUCCAACUACUAUGUUCACUACCAGUAUCAGUCAUACUGCAAUGCAGUUUUGGAGGAGCGCAAACAGUCACGGGACCCUAUCACUGAAACUGUCAUUGAUGAUAAUAUUGGCGAAUCCCAGCCCCUGUUGCAGGAUGCCCAACUAUGA